CACACACACACACACGCACGCACGCACGCACGCACGCACACACACACACACACACACACACACACACACACACACACACACACACACACACACACACACACACACACACACACACACACACACACACACACACACACACACACACACACACACACACACACACACACACACACACACAGAGAGAGUUUAGAGCAAAGGACUUUGGAGUUUUCUGCAGAGAGGAAGCCAAACUGUCCACGGAGCAGCAUAAACACACCUCCACCAUGUCCCUUCUCACCCACCUGUUGGCGUGUCUCUUCGGGAUGGGCUCCUGGGUCUCCAUCAACGGCCUGUGGGUGGAGCUGCCCCUCGUCGUCCCGCAGAUCCCCGAGGGCUGGUACCUGCCGUCGUACCUCUCCGUCCUCAUCCAGAUGGCCAACGUCGGGCCCCUCUUUGUCACCCUGAUGCACCGCUUCCGGCCCGGCGCCCUGAACGAAGCGGCCGCCAUAUACGCCAUCAUCGGCCUGGGCACCGCCGCCAGCUUCCUGCUGGCGUUCUUCUGGAGGGAGACGGCGGAGGUGGCGGGCGCGCCGCGCAGCGUGGCCCUGCUCGUCCUGACCUUCUUCUUAGCCACCGUCGACUGCACGUCCUCCGUCACCUUCCUCCCCUUCAUGAUGCGUCUCAAGGCCCAGUACCUGACCACGUACUACAUCGGCGAGGGCUUGAGCGGCCUGCUGCCGGCCCUGGUGGCUCUGAUCCAGGGAGCCGGAGUGGUCCGCUGCGUAAACAGCACCCGCUCUCUGGACCACACCCUCAACUCCUCCGUGACCCUUGACCUGCGGGCCGAGUAUCAGCCGGCCAACUUCUCCGUGGAGGUGUUUUUCUUCUUCCUGAGCGCCAUGAUGCUGGUGUGCCUGGUGGCCUUUCUGUCGCUGAACCACCACCCGUCCGUGGCCAGGGAGCGGCCCAGCGGUCGCCCCGCCGACGGGGGGAAGCAGAGGUCGGCGAGGGACGGGAAGCGGGCGGAGCAGAAGCCCAUGAUGGAUCCGUACAGACCUGCGAGCCAGAGGCCCAGGAGCAGCUUCGGCACCGGCUCGUACAGCUGGACACAGGUGUUCUACAUCUUUGUGAUCCUGGCCUGGGCCAACGCUCUGACCAACGUGGUGCUGCCCUCGGUGCAGUCCUACUCGUGCCUGCCGUACGGGAACAGCGCCUAUCACUUAUCAGCCACCAUGGCUGCUGUGGCGAACCCUCUCGCCUGCUUCAUCGCCAUGUUCUUCCCCAUAAGGUCCCUGGUGCUGAUGGGGGCCCUCACGCUGCUGGGGAGCGCAGCGGGGGCCUACAUCAUGAGCAUGGCCGCGCUCAGUCCGUGUCCGCUGCUCGUGCAUCACACCUCCGGCGCCGUCGUCAUGGUGCUGGCCUGGGUGCUGUUUGUCCUCGCUCUGUCCUACGUGAAGGUGAUCAUCGGCCUGAUCCUGCGCGACGAGGGCCACGGCGCCCUCGUGUGGUGCGGAGCGGUGGUGCAGCUGGGCUCCCUGCUGGGAGCCGUGACCAUGUUCCCCGUGGUCAGCGUGUACAGCUUCUUCUCAUCCGGGGACCCGUGCAACACCACGUGUCAAUGAGGACUCGACAUGGGCGUUUCACCCCAGAUGUUCCUCGGAGGAGACAGUCCAAUGACAAGCUCUUUCGACCAUGAUUUGCCUUUGUUUUUUUUUUUCUGAGCAUGACAUUUGUUAAAAGAAGAUCAUUAGUGCUGCUUCAGACAGGAUGAACACUAUUUGCACAUUAUGAAAAUGUGUGUGUCCAUGUUUUUUUUUUUACAUGUGCCACAAUCAUGUUGUUUAUUGCAUGAAAUGAUGUUCCAUCCCAACAUUACUAAAAGAACAUGACGCCCUUCUUUAUUUGUUGACCUGAUUUAGACAACUUACAGAAGUCUGGUGUUGUGACUUCCCUUCUGCUGCUAUAAGCUCUGACUGCCUUAUGAUGGCACAAAAAAUACUUCUUUAUAUAUUUCUGAGAAAAAUCUUAGGAUUAUAAUUUUAAAAAAUCAUACUCGACACUGGUGUAAAAUCAUUAAACACAACGUUUAUUAAUAAUAGUCGACACACACACACACACACACAAAUCAUGCAUCCAGUCUUCUCAAAGGUCUUCCUCAUAGUGUGUGUAGUCGAGAGAACACACACUCAAACAGGGACACAAACAGCAGUGUGCUGUUAGUCAUGCGUGAGUGAGGGUCACUUUGUUUUGCACUAAGAACAUAAAACUGUAUCACCUGUACACCGAAAACACAUCAUCUCGACUCUCAGUUCACACACAACACAACACACAACACAACACACGAGAGCAGUAUCGACCAAAACAUUUAGUUUUUUCCAACAAUAUUCAUACUUUCUAUACUCUUUUAUUGUCCUUUAUUAAAACAUGUUGUGCUGUACUUCUUGUAUUAAAGGCUUGUUGUCAUUAUUAUUAGCAUUACCAUAUGAUUAUUAUACGUUUACUACUUGUACUACUUAAAUGUAUUAUUAUUAUAUAUAUCAUUACUGUCUGUUGUUGUCAUGCCUAUAAGCAUUAGUAUUAUCAUAUCAU